AUGACUUUGAUUAGCGACGAAAUCAAAAAGGACCACCGCGACCUCGAAGAGGCCUACAACCACAUUCUGAACGCGACGACCGACGAUGAGAAGCACCGGUGGCAGAACCAGUUCACCUGGGAACUGGCUCGCCACUCCAUUGGCGAAGAACUCGUCGUCUACCCGGCUUUUGAGAAACAUCUCAGUGAUGGCAAAGCUAUGGCCGACAAGGACAGGGCGGAACACAAGACUGUGAAAGACCAGCUAGAAAAGUUCCAGAAUCUCAAGGCAAAGGAUGCGGAGUUUGUUCCCACCAUCAAAGGGCUCUGGGCGUCUCUCUCCGAGCACAUUAAGGAGGAGGAAGAACAUGACCUCGUCAAGCUCGAAGCGGCUCUAGACCAGGCACACUCGGAGAGCAUGGUCGGCUCCUUCAAGCGUACCAAGAUGUUCCUCCCAACUCGCAGUCACCCAUCCGCGCCCGACAAACCCCCCUUCGAAACAGUAGCCGGACUGCUCGCGGCUCCGAUGGACCAUAUCAGAGAUUUGUUCAGGAAGUUCCCGCACGAGGCUUCGAGUGAUAUCCCACCAUAA